GCGCACCACAACCCCAUCGCCAUCAAUUGGUGUUCCGAGUCAUUUCGGCUUUAAGCAUGCGUUCACUUUUAAUGUUGAUGUUUGAUCUUCUUUACUUACCUUCGCAGCAUUGCUCACAGAACAGCACUACAUCACAAUGGCUUCAAAUGUCCCGAUAGAUAGCAACCCAGCUUUCGCUCGCAUUCCACCAUGGGUGAAGGCUAAGCUCCGGCCAAUCGCUAUUGAGAAGAUCCAGCAAGUUCACGAUUGGGUCGAGAAUGAGUGCAUACCUGCCGAGCGCAUAUACAAGGCUCAAUUGGCAGCAAGCAAGACCAGAUGGGAGACGCCCGCCAUUAUUCACGACCUGCGGAAGAAAGCAAAAGCGCAAGGACUAUGGAAUCUGUUCCUACCGAAUCACUUUGUUGAAAGCCCUGGUCUCACCAAUUUGGAGUACUCGUGCUGCGCCGAGAUCAUGGGAAGGGUAUACUGGGCCGCACAGACGAUGAACUGCCAUGCCCCUGAGACUGGUAACAUCGAGCUCCUGGCCAAGUACUGCACACCUGAGCAAAAGAAGAAAUGGCUCCAUCCCCUCAUGAACGGCGACAUGUCCUCUGCUUAUAGUAUGACCGAACCCGACGUCGCCUCCUCAGACGCAACACAAGUCGGCAUAAAGAUGGAGAUUACAGACAAAGAAGUCAUCAUCAACGGAAGAAAGCUAUACGGUAACUGCAAGUCCAACCCGGAAAUGCAGCUCUUCAUCUUGAUGGGCUGCUCCGACCCCAAAAACCCCAACCCCUGGAAUCGACACACCACGCUAGUUGUUCCUGCAAAUUCACCGGGUCUGAAGCAAGUAAGGAAUCUGACUAUAAUGGGUUAUGACUGGGCGCCAGAAGGUCAUGGUGAGUAUAUCUACGAAAACGUGCGCGUUCCUCGCGAGAACAUCAUCCUUGGCCCUGGCAGAGCAUUCGAGAUUGCGCAAGGCCGACUGGGACCUGGGCGCAUCCACCACUGCAUGAGACUAAUCGGUCAAGCUGAGCGGGCCUUCGAGCUCGCCCUCGUACGAUGCAUGGAACCUCGUAAGAAACCUCGAGGCAAGUUCAUUGGCGAGUUUGACAGCAACAUCGAGCGCAUCGCCGAUAUGCGAAUGACCAUUGAUGCAAUGCGCCUCGUUGUUCUCAAUGCCGCAGAUACUAUGGAUCUUCAGGGUAACAAGGCCGGGCGGUACGCGAUUGCGCAGAGCAAGAUUAUGGUGCCGAACGCACUCCUUAAGGUCAUUGACGAGGCGAUGCAGAUAUAUGGUGGACAAGGCCUAACGCAGCACACUCCGCUACCAGAACUGUGGACGUACGCUAGGUUUGUGAGGGUUGCUGAUGGGCCCGAUUCGGCACAUAGACAUCAGGUUGGGCGGGAUCAGAUGAAGACUGCGAAGGCGUUCAGGGAGAGGGCGGAAGGGUAUACAACGAAGUACAAGGAGCUAUGCAAGAAGUGGGGUCUGGAAGCCGAGGAGUUCCUGGGCGUUGUAUAAUAUCCUAGCAUGAUCAUAACUUGUAUAUAGCGCAUGCAUUCCUGACUUCAAUCACUGAUCCUCUUGAGAGCC